UAAAUAAAAGUCGAACAGAGGAGGGGAGAGACGGCGAGCCAAACCGAGCGGACGCCAUGGAUCGCGAGUGGGGCUCCAAACCCGGCAGCGGCGGCGCCGCCUCCGCGCAGAAUGAGGCCAUCGACCGGCGGGAGCGCCUCCGCCGCCUGGCCCUCGAGACCAUCGACCUCGCCAAGGACCCCUAUUUCAUGCGCAAUCACCUCGGCAGCUAUGAGUGCAAGCUGUGCCUGACGCUGCACAACAACGAGGGGAACUACCUGGCACACACUCAGGGGAAGCGGCACCAGACCAACCUCGCCAAGCGCGCUGCCCGCGAGGCCAAGGACGCGCCCGCGCAGCCCCAGCCCAACAAGCGCAAGCUUGCCCCCCGCAAGUCUGUUAAGAUUGGCAGACCCGGGUAUAAAGUAACCAAACAAUAUGAUCCUGAGACAAAGCAACACUCAUUUCUCUUUGAGAUUGGUUACCCUGAAAUCGAAGAUAAUUGCAAGCCAAGGCAUCGUUUCAUGUCAUCAUAUGAACAGAAAGUCCAAAGUUGGGAUAAGAGGUAUCAAUACCUACUUUUUGCGGCAGAGCCCUAUGAAAUCAUUGCAUUCAAGAUACCAAGUACAGAGAUUGACAAAUCAGCAAGCAAAUUCUUCUCUUACUGGGAUCCUGACAAGAAGGAAUACCUGCUGCAACUGUACUUCAAGCCAAGACCACCAGAAGCUCAUAAACCACCACCAGCUCCUCCUGGUACUUUGCCUAAUGGGAAUGGGGUUCCUGGUGCUCCACCAAGGCCACCAGGGCAAGCUCCCCCACCCCCGCCACAAGUUCCACCGCCCCCGCCUCAUGCACCCCCUCCUGCACCUAUGGGAAUGCCCCCUAGGAUUCCUCCACCACCUAUUGGGGGCGUUCAACCUCCGCCGCCUCCACCACCACUGGCAAAUGGUCCGCGGCCAAUGAUUCCACCGCCACCUAACUUCACUCCGGGAGCACCUCCACCGCGCCCUCCAAUGCAAGGCUUUCCUGGGCAACAGCAGUAGUUGACUGCUUAGCGAUGUUCAGUCAGCAAAAGGUUCACGCUUGCCUUGUGUUGCCUUAUGUUUUUCAACUCAAAACUUUGUAUGUUGUCAUAGGCUUACAUGGUUCUCCGGGACUGUACUCAGAUGCCAGCUUGUUGGAUUUUUUGUAUCCACUUUUAAGCCAAGUGUUUGUUUAAAAAUAGCAAGUUCUCGUGUAUUCUGUUUCCUGAUUUCAUA